AUGAACUCAGCAAGUAAUUCAAAUGUUGUAGUAACACAGAAAUCAACAUCCGCAACUCCAUUGAAAAAAGAAUCAACAACGAUUGGUGCAUGCACUACUGAAAUUGAUCUAAAUAUUAAUCGCGAAUGUAUUACUUUUGUAUGGCUUGAUCUUCGACGGGAUUCGACUGGAACUUUUAUUGGUACCCUUCGUGCAAUUAAUGAUUGUGUCCGAACUUUUACGGAUGCAUCAGCUUGUUUAGAUUUCAUAAAAUGUUCUCAUGAGAAAAUUUUCUUCAUUACAUCGUCGAGUAAUACUGAACUGAUAGCGACAGUACAUCUAUGCACAACUGUAGAAGCUAUCUUUGUGCUCGAUCCUGAGACAAACAGUGUUCGAGGAGAUUUUCCAAAGUUAAUCGAUAUUUUUACUCAACAAGAGGAACUUCUUCGAGUACUCAGAAUUACAUUAGAUACAUUUGAACAGAUUCAACUAGAAAGAUUUGCAUUUGAAACUGAUAAAGUCUUUAUAUGGUGGCAAUUAUGGAAGGUAGAAAUAACAAGUCAAAAAGCAAUGCCGAACAGUAAAAAUUAUUUGGUAGAACAAGCUCGAAACUAUUAUCGAGGCAAUCCAAAACGACUAAAACUAAUUGAUGAAUUCGAUAAAUCUUACCGAGCGAAUGAUUCCCUUCGUUGGUGUUUUCGUUCACCCUUUCCAUCGCGUCUUCUACGAUGUGCACUUAUGUCACCUACUCUUAAGCAACUCUCACCUUAUCAAUUUCUUAUUACCGAUGCGAUCCGUAUCUUACAACAACAAUCGAAACGCACUGGUCAUGGGCAAGUCUAUCGAGGCAUGAAAUUAUCAAAUGAACUGGUCGAUAUGUUCGAAACGCAUACAGGUGAACUAGUAUGUGUCAACGGAUUUUUUACAUGUACAAAAUCAAGAAAUAUCGAAUUACAAUCGGCUGCAUCACCAGGAUAUCGAUCUGACCUUUCAUCUGUCCUGUUUAAAAUUGAUUUUGAUGCAUCAUCUCGAUUUGCUGAAGUUGCAAUGGAAAACGGUUCAACAAUAGUGAUUUUUGAUGUUGCAACAAUUUUUCGAGUAGUAUGCGUCAAUCGAGGUUCGAUGUCGAUUAUCAAAUUGAAGACUGCUUCAGAUGAAGGAAAGAAACUAGCAUUAGAGUAUAAAGAAAAAAAUAAAGGAAAGACUAUCAAAAUUCUACUCGAUGAGUUAUCUGCUCCAUCAAAAUCGCCAACUCCACCACCAUCAUCACCACCAACAACUACAGUUGAAGCCAGAAAUGAGCUGACACGCAUCGGCAAUUCUCAAAUAUCCGAAGAUGAAUUAGAAGCAAAGAAAUAUUUGAAACAUGGAGAUAUUGAUCGAGCAAUUUUGGCUUAUCGACGUAUUCGACCAUUGUCAGUUCGAAUUCUUAAAUUAAUUGGUCAAUUGUCUGCCGAUGAAAAACAAGACUACGAUACUGCAAUCGAAUGUUAUAGACAGGCACUUAAAAUGCAAGAAGAAGCAGGCGAAGAUAUCGUCGAUACUUUAUCACGGCUUGGCACAGUUUAUCAUCAUUGUGGUGAUUAUGAAUCGGCUCUACAAUAUCAUAAUCGCGCUUUAUCCUUGUAUGAAUCUACUCAUCCACGUGAUUUGAAUUCGAUGGCUACUAGUCUUACUAAGAUUUCAAAUGCUCAUCGAGCUCACAAAGAGUUCAAGGAAGCUCUUGAUUAUGCACAACGAGCAUGGACGUUAUGUGAAUCUUGUGAAUCUGAAAACGACACUAUUGUGGCAAAAAGUUUGGCUUUAUUGACAAAUAUUCAUCAUGAUCUAGGUGAUGAUGCUCAAGCACUGAAAUUGGGCACACGUGCUUUGAUACUUUUCGAACGUACUCGUUCAUCGAAUCCAUCUCAAUCAGCGGAAUUAUUAAAUACUCUAGGUCUGGCACAAAUGAAUUUAGGAGAAUUAUCCGAAGCACGACAUUAUUUUGAACGAGCACUGAAAAUAUACUCACAUAUUGCACCAUUAGAACAGACAGAAUCGGCCAAAACUGAGAAAAAUCUUCAAUGUGUACUUGAAAUGCAACAAAAUAUCGAUAAUUUACAACACUAUUCUUGA